UAGAAGUUGACACGUGGCGGUGUUACAAUGGUGACCUCAUAUAUAUUUACUAGAAUAGCACAAAUAUGAGACAGAUGUUGUCUAGAUGCCAUUCGACUAGCGUUUAGAUUCGCUCGAAGAUUGAGUAAGGUUAACGUUAUAUAAUGGCUCAAGAGACCAUCUUUAUACAAACGGAUCCUUCGUUCAAUAUAGUCCUUGAAUCUCUGAACGAAUUGAAGGAUCGAUUUCAAGUUACAUAUAUGAAGACUGUGAGCAUUGAAAACAUCGAAAGUAACAUGGAAGCAAACGGAGACGAGUUUGGUGGGUUGCUUGAAUUUACUCGUACAGCUCCCGCAAUUGCACGUAUGUGCAUGUCAACGGCCACAAAUAUCCCUAAAGUAAUUUGGCCGCGCAUAGGAGUCAGAAGCAGUUCAAGAAACAAGGCAAAGUUGGUUGAAGAAGUAAAUAGAGAGGGUAAUUUCAAACUUGCAGACAACGAUGAUUAUGCGAGAAAUUACUGGAGCAAGUACGACCAGCAAUACCCACACUUCCUCAUGGAGCAUGAAAUCAAAUCCGUAGAGAUGGGUAAGCAAAUAUCUUUACCCAGUAUGAUGAUUAUAGUCAGGAAUGACUUAACUAAGGCUAUCGAGAUAACCACCACACUAAACGCCACUAGAAAAACGGAAAAUAAAUUCGACAGCUAUGUUCACGUCAUCUGUAUAGUGCGUUCAAUUCGGCCGCUGCCGCUGAACAAAACAGAUGGCCGAUUUACCGAGCAGUUUAAAGUAAUGCUGAAACCAAAGCACCUGAUGAACACCUAUGUCGAUGAUAUCAAGAAGGCCAUAACUAAGAAAGAUUGGAAAGAUUUGCCUGUUGCUUUMAAGUACCUGAAAAUAGGCGAGAAGUAGAAUGAAGGACUACAAGAACAACAACAACAACAAUAGAGAAAAAAGGGAAUCGUAUCUAAAUAGAAACGCUUCAUCCUGGUUCCUAGAAAUCAAAUUUGUCUCAUUUUCUGCACAUUUGAUUACCUAGAACAAUCGAGAAACGAAUAAUGCGGGCUUGAAAUGUUGUAAUACGCUUUCACUCUUUCAGCUACGGUAAUAGCACCACCGGCCGGGUCGAUGAUCGUGCAAGUUGUAGAGAAGAUGUUGCUCGUAUACUAAACCAAUCCUUUUUUUUGUUGCGCGACUUUGUAGCACGAAGUAAAGGUGGUUUUUAAAAAAAAGUCUUUCUACUCUCUGCGACAAAGAAAAUUUAUUYCACAUGGUAGUAAUACAAACAACACAUUUACUACACCUAUAGUCCUAUAGUCUAUGSAUUUKUMAACAGACUCAAACRUUAUACGACUGCACCUAGUUUAAGUUUGGAGAUUGAUUGGUAUAUUCUUCAUUCAAAACUGACUAAGAAUGUGUUCAGAACGUUUCCAGGCUCACGUAAAUAAAUCCUCCUGUCGCAAAAGAACUGCUAAUUAUUUAUUAAUAAAAUGGCACGUAUACUAUUUUUUUCUGUUGGGCCUAUAAAGCCCACGCAGAGCCAAUUCGGGCCUCUUCGGGCCACAUCAAUAGUAGAAGAUAUCCAGAAAAUCAUCAUUUCUUGCAAGGCACUAUACGAGUGAACAGCUAAGAUAAUGGGUCGCAAGCGAAGAGACUGUCCUGUAUUCGGAUGUGGAAGCACUAAUCUCGUACGACUGGCAAACCACCUCGACCAAAUACAUCAUAUGGAAGCAGAGGAAYGCGCUAAAUGGUUAAGGUGGAGUCUCUGGCAAGUGGCUUCGCUUUUAAGAGCGAAAAUCCUUAUUCUUAGGAAACGGUACUGUGUGCAAAAUCAAGAGAUCUGAGCUGGAAGGCAGGACAAUUUGUCAAAACUCUAGUUUCUGUAUAUCAUUAGCUUCCAAUAUGCACUCCAUACACUUAUAGGUUUAGCACACUACACAAUAAAAGAGAAAGAACCUUUC